AGCCAAGUUGAAUUGGAGCGAUUCUUCAUCUUUCUCGCUCGAUACCACGUACACUACUAACAUAUUACACUAGAGUUGCGACAUACCUGAUCACGCCGACCACGAUCUCCGGUGCCAAGUUGUUAGAUAGAGAGACUUCAAACUCGAAACGCAUCAUACCAAGCUCUUCACGGUACAUUAUCCAGCAUAUUUACCAUGUUGCCAUGCAAAAACGGUGUCAGGGUUGUGCAUACCCAUGCACGCACCGCCAUUCCCUGCCUACGACCUAAGCUGAGGCAGCCCUGGCAGCGUUGUAUGCGAAGCCCUAACAUGACGCUACCGUGCAGCUAGGCCAGACGAAAUGGGUAGGCCGCCGUCCUGCAUCUGACAGUUGACCUCAGCAAGUCUUGCUAUUGAUCGUCGUCUAGCUGCUUAGCCAGUUUAUAUAUACCUAGGUAGGCAGGUAUAUAUAUAUUUAGGAAUCGAAGUAUAUUCUCGACUCUAUGAACCAUCUUCAUCUUUCAGUCGGUUAUAGACACACGAACACAACACAACGAGAUCGCGCGCUAGUAUAGUAAACGUCCCUAAUAUAUCAGCUACAGCGGCCACAGUGACUACAACAGACGCUAUCUAGAAGCCAAUCUCCUUAUAACCCCCUAAGAAUAAGCGUCGCAUUGUAAAGAUGGCUAUACGCUACCGACAUACCGGCGCGGUCGACAUGCAAAAUCGCACGCGACAAGAGCGUCGGUUUGACGAGACAGAACACGACUUGCCCAACUUCUCGCCCUUCACAUCUGCGCCAACCCCGACCGAUCGAGUCCUUCAGCUUUUUUCGUACUUGGGCGAGAAGAACCCUUUCCCUCGCUCUAUUACGAACGAAGACACCCUUUGGUUGCUCGAUAAUACUGCCUAUCGCAAUGAAAGUACGGGAAAAUGGGAAGCAGAAUUUGUCUCGGCUGCCUUCACUCAGCAUUCGUCUUGCGCCGUUAUCGACGCCGUAAGUGCCAUCGCCGGUAAGAUCGAUUUGGACAGUAAAGACCCGAAUUAUCCUACCAUCGAGGAGCGCAUUCGACCGUUCGUACAGGAUAUCAAGCCCGGUGCUCAGGCCAAGGCACUACAGGGAGGGAAGACACCGCUCAAGCUUGGUCCCGGUGGUAGAAAUGGUAUUAGCAGCGACAUUAAGAGGCUUCCUGACAAUAAAGGUGGUAGCCUUAUUCCCACAUUUGCCGAGGUUCCCAAAGGCGCCAAUGGCAUACUAGAAAUGAAGACAUUCUACGCUGAUCCUGAGGGUUGGGGUAUAAUAUCAGAUAUAGACGACACGAUCAAGAUCACUCAGACAAGUGAUCCCAUUGGCAUCCUGCAGACGACUUUCCUCGAUACGCCUCAAGUCUGUCCCGGGAUGCCGGAAUUAUAUCAGUUCAUACAAUCCCUUGUCCAAAAGUCCUCACCAUGGUUUUAUCUUUCCGCAUCGCCGUAUAACCUGUAUGGCUUCCUUCGCGACUUCCGCGAAAAGAAUUAUCCGCAUGGCACUAUCAUUCUUCGUGAUGCUAGCUGGAUGAGUUUACCGGGGCUACUAACGACUCUUACUCUUGGUACAGAAGAUUAUAAGGUUGAUCGAAUGGAAAAGAUACACUCGUGGCUUCCGAAGAGGAAGAUGAUUUGCAUUGGUGAUUCGACCCAGUCUGAUCCUGAGGCUUAUGGUGAGAUCUAUCGGGCAUACCCUGGUUGGGUCAAGGUGAUACUCAUUCGCAAAGUUGAAGAUAUUGCGGCCAUCGGCAUAGAGGCCAAGAAUGAACCAGAAAGAUUCGAGAAGGCCUUCAAGGAUGUGCCUCGUAACGUCUGGCAUGUGUUCUCAGACCCAGUCGAGUGCCGCAAAAUCAUUCAGGAUGCAGUGUCGAAGUCAUCAUGAACUACUUGAAUAAACAAUAGCGCUUCUCUUUGCGGGUUGGCACGAUAUUGCGUUGGAAAUUGUUCGAGACGUUAGUUUCACCCGAUAACCCUUUUAAUCAUGUGCCUUUUACCUUUCAAAUACCCCUUACGAUGAAAGCCGGUAUUUAGUACAGACCUGCAUGAUGUAAAAAGAAAUGCCCUCGACGUCAUACGAUCGAUAUAAUUCCCCAUUCCCCCGCACAACACCACAUGCAAGGAGUUAGGAGGUAUCCACCCAAGCAAGACUCUGUCCAAUCU